ACACACAGGUGAGCUCUUGCUCUGGGACAUGGCGCCCUUUGGGAGCUGCCUGAUUCAGCCCUGCCCAGCAAUACCAAAAAAACCCUCCAUCCCGCAAUCAACUCCAUCAAAGUGCUGCAACCUGCUUUAAUUUCAGCUGCUUUGCUUGGCAAAUCGGAUUCGCUACCAAAACAAAAAAUGAGCCGAGGUGCAGGAAUGAGAGGGGGAGUUCCUGAAAGGAUGGUCAUAGUCUCACCGCAUCCUUUGCAUCAAGGGAGGUGCUGACAGGGUGGGGAACUCAGCUGGUUGGAUUCUGCUUUUUUUAAAUCUUAUUUCCCCUGCCCGCCCCUUCUCUAUGUCCGGAUGGAAGAAAAGGAGCCGAGACUGCGCGCACUUUUCCACGCCUGUGACAUUAACCAUUCUGGUCAGAUCGAGUAUGAAGAGUUUUUCACAGUCUGUCGGGAGCUACAAGUAAACGAGUCCCACAUCGACACGAUCUUCCGCAAACUGGACUCGAACAGGGACGGCUCCAUCAACUUCCACGAGUUCACCGAAGGAUUUCAAGAAGUUUCCGAGAUGAGCGACUUGGCGUCUCUGGGCGCUGACCCUGACUGGGAUGAGUUCCAGCAAAGGUUGGGGGACGAAGCUAAGUUCAUCCCAAGACCUGCACAAGUUGCUGCCCUUCACGAGAACCUGAAAACAGUAGAACCCAGGCUGAUUCGCCAGUUUGAAUCUGUGAUUAUGAACUUUAUUCGAGAUUCUAUGUUGCAAAAUACAGAAUUGGAAAAACUAGCUCACAGUGUGAAAAGGACACAGGAUGAGGCUGCGCAACAAGUGACUGAGCUUGAGGAGGAUAUAGACCAGCGAAUAAAGGUUGCGGUUCAGAAUUGCCAAAAAGAGGAACAAAGAAAAGCUGAGUUUGCUUUCAGUAACCUAAAACAUCAAUAUGAUGCUAAUGUAAAUGAACUCCAGACAACAGUCACAAAACUGAAAAAGUUAGAAGAACAAUACAGAUCAUUUAGUCCAAAGGAGGAGACUAUUGCAUUGAAAAGAAAAAUAAAUGAUUUUACCUUGGAAAAUGAUAAACUGAGGAAAGAACUACUUGAAGCACAGACAAACAUAAUGCUGCUGCAAAGCGAAAUAGAUACUUUGAAAAGUGACUAUGCAGAUCAAAGUUUGAAUUUAGCUCGGAAUCAUGAGAUGGUCAUAGGGUAUACAGAUGAUAGGGACAGCCUAACACGUCAGAUUGAAAUGCUUCAGUCAGCUAACAGAAAGCUUCAUGACAGCAAUGAUGGUUUGCGAUCUGCCCUGGAAAACAGUUUCAGCAAACAUAAAACUUCUUUGCAUGCAACAAGUUCCUCACCAGGAAAUGCCAUGUUUAGAAGUAGCCCAAAGCAUUCUGGAUACCAGUCUCCUCAGAUUUUACCAUAUGACAGGUCAUCCAGAUCUUCUUUCUUAGAUGAAGACAUGGAGUCACUGGCUGUAUGUGACCCUAUGCGCAGAGCAAGUUGUGAAGUUGAAAGCUUAACUGAAAGUUGCUUUGACAGUGGCAUGUCUACAAUGAGAGAUUCAAAUGAAUAUGAUUCUGAGGGUGAAUUCAAACAUCAAAGACAUUUUGAAAGAGCGCAUUGUGCGCAAGAGGCCUUUGGAGGAGAUGCUUCUGACACAGAUGUGCCUGAAAUUCGGGAUGAAGUAGCUUUUAGUCAAGACAGUCUAGGUACAGUUCUGGAGUGGAAACCAACCCAAGCAGUGAGCCGGAGCAGUUCUGGAGCCUCUUUGUCACAUGGCUAUAGUGCUGCAUGUUCACAUCAGGAGUUUGACAUGCAGGAUGAGAUGGCUUUUACCCAGGACAGUACGAAUACUGUUCUGGACUGGAAACCCUCGCAAGCAGUAAGCCGGAGCAAUUCUGGAGUCUCCUCUUCGCGGCGCUGUAUCUCUGCAUUUUCACCACAGCCUACUAGCACAGCUGGGAGCUUCAAAUAUCCUCAGUCAGAAAAGGCUUUCAAGGUAGUGCUUGCUGGAGAUGCAGCCGUGGGCAAGUCAAGCUUUCUGCUUCGACUCUGCAAAAAUGAAUUUCGUGGGAACACCAGUGCCACUUUAGGAGUUGAUUUUCAGAUGAAAACUCUGAUUGUUGAUGGAGAACGAACGGUGUUGCAGUUAUGGGACACUGCAGGUCAAGAGAGAUUUCGAAGUAUUGCCAAAUCCUAUUUCAGGCGCGCAGACGGUGUUUUAUUGCUGUAUGAUAUCACGUGUGAAAAGAGUUUCCUCAAUGUACGAGAAUGGGUUGACAUGAUUGAGGAUUCAACCAAUGAAAAUAUUCCCAUUAUGUUGGUGGGGAACAAAGCAGAUCUACGGAACAGAACCUCGCAAGAAGUGCAGAAGUCAGUCCCCACAAGCUAUGGGGAGAAACUGGCCAUGACAUACAAUGCACUGUUUUGUGAAACAAGUGCCAAAGAUGGCUCAAAUAUUAUUGAAGCAGUGCUUCACCUCGCUCGGGAAGUGAGGAAAAGAGCAGAUGAAAAAACAGACGAGGACUCUGUAACUAGUUUGUCCAGCACACACUUGAACAAGAAGUUGGCCAUGAAAAAUUGCUGCACUACAUAAUUAUGAAGAAUAAUCAUUGAUUGAACUGUUCUGUAUUUUUGCAUACUACUUUUGAUCAAGAUACAUUGUUUAGUGUCUUAAAAAAUACAGAAUGAUGGAGUUACAGUGAUGAAGAAGCCAAAAUAUGAAGGAUCGAGCAAAUUAAGAGACUGGUGAAAGAGCAAGAUGAAAUGAGAAUUUUAAAUAAAAUCCAGUUAGCUGUGUUUGUAUUUCAUUUAUUUCAUUCUGCUCAGUGUUGCCAAAGUGUUAGCCAACAAGAUGGCUGUCUGAAACAAAAGUGUAUUUGUCUCCUUAAUUACUUGUAUAUAGUGGUCUUAUUUACAUUUCAAAUUUAAAGGAUGUUUCUCGAAAUAAUGCUGCUUUAUAAUGUUUUAUUUUGUCUCAUGUUACAUCCAUAAAUGUAUUUAUUUUAAAAAAUGAAAUUAAGAUAAAAGCAGUCUUUACACAGCACCUAGAAAUGUAAUUAAGUUAUUUUUGUGAUUGAAGUGGACUACAGGUGUUCUGUAAUGUUAAUGAAGUAUAUUAAAUGAUACAUUCCAUUUUA